CGUCAAAUGAAACGAAAUAAGGUUAAGUACGAAUUGUAUAUAAGAGGCCUGCAUAUGGUCAGGGUUUACAAAUAAUUCGCGACGUCCCUGGUUUCGAUCGAAUCAACGUUUUCGCCAGUGGUACUAGUAGUCCCUGGGCAGAAUGCAACUGCGUGGUGACACGGAACGACGGAUCUAAUUUGCUAAAUUUGGAUACACGUGCAAUUUCUGAACACGUGCGGGUUGAACAACCACGUGGGCCGUAUGUAUCGAAAAGCAAGUGCCGCAUCGUCCGGUGAGUGUAUUUAGACAAGCUGCGAUAUUUCUGUUAUCAGCACUAUACUUUUGCAAAGAAUGAAACAUUAAUUUUCUGAAUAAAAACUCAAUUAGAACAACUACUGGCAGUUGAUAACUGAAUUCAAACACGAUAACCUUGUAGAAUGAUAUUUUGAAAAAGAUAAACAUACGAAUGACAACAGAAUUUAUAUUUUUCACUAAAGGUUGAAUUUUAAUGGACGAUAUAUGCAUGUAAUUGAAAUAUGUGAUACAUACAUAUCUGUCUAUUAGGUAAAAAAAUGUGAUAUAGUUUACAAAUUUAUAAAAAUAUUUGUAAGUAAUAAAAAUAUCAGGGACAUGUACUGUUGAUGCAAAGAUAGAAGUAAAAAGACUGAUAGAAUAAGAAUACAUAAGUAAGAACUCUUAUUGAUUGUUUGAAAAGAAAUCCGGAGUAAUGGCUGAAGAAGAACCGCAAUCAAAAAAAUUGAAACCAUCUGUCAUUUCUGAUUUUAUCUAUACGGAUAAUUUUCAACAAUUAUUUACUGAACAUUGGCAUAAUUGUAAAGAUGUAAAGGUAGACAACCUUGAAAUUAUAUCAAAACCUUUCAAAGUAUGCAGAAUUUCAAACUUUCUUUAUAGCGAAGACGUUAUGGAUGAAAUAAAAAAUGAAUUAUUGGAUGUUAAAUGUAGAAGAAAUUGUUUAGAUCUUUAUCAAUUUGAACAAACUAGUGACUUUGUUAAUAUUGAUUCAGAAUAUUUAAGGUUACUUUAUCAGACUUUUCAAACAGAUUUAACAGUAUGGAUGGAACGAAUCACUAAGGUAGAACUUAAUAAAAAGGUAUCAAUGUCAAGUUCUUGUUACUAUGAUACAGAUUAUUUACUUUGUCAUGAUGACAAUAUGGGUGAUCGUAGAAUUGCUUUUGUAUUAUAUCUUUCAAAAAAUUGGUCUGCAAGUGAUGGAGGUGCUUUAGAUUUAUUUGACACUGAUGAAAAUGGACUACCUAGAAAUGUUGUAAAAUCUUUGAUACCAGAGUACAAUUCCCUUGUAUUUUUUGAAGUUACGGAUAAUUCUUAUCAUCAAGUAGCUGAAGUAAUUGCAUCGGAUAAAUCACGUUGGUCCAUUAAUGGUUGGUUUCAUGGACCGCUUAGAGAAGAUACCAGGCCACCAAGACCUGAAAUUGAACCCAAUUAUAUAGGGCCAUUAAACGAUCGAAUAAAUUUGCGGGAUUGGGUAACGGAGUGUUACAUAUAUCCUAGUAUCGUUAAAGAGGUCCAGAAAGAGAUAGAACGGGACUCGUUUACACUUUUAUCUAAUUAUUUCAAAGAUGACAUAUAUGAAAAACUUUCCAUAGAUUUGACGUCCGAUUCUAUUGUUUGGAGAAAAGUUGGACCAGCCGAUAUUCGUAAUUACGAAGUGGCAGAUGAAACGAGCUUGCCAGAAUUAUUGUCGAAAUUUUAUAACAUGUUUAAAUCUGUCACGAUAUUUCAAUUAUUGAAAGAUUACACGGAAUUAGAUUUGAUAUCAGAAACGGAAACUAUGAAUCCCAAGAUGGCUAUAGAACUUCAAAGAUGGUCCAGUGGUUGCUACACCUUAUUAGCCGAUAUAAAUGAAAGAAGAUCCAGUAAUUAUGGACGCCUUAGUCAAACCGAAGAAAUACCAGAAGUCUCAUCAUUGGAAGUAUUGGAAAAAAGUAGAGAAGAUCAAGAGAAAAGUUCGGCAAAUUACGAAAAUAAAAGCAUACAAUCAGAAUCUAAUACUCCGGAGAGUAUGAAGGGAGAUAAUGAUAUCGAUGAAGAUGAAAUAUUGAAGAAAAUACUUAAAGAGAAAUCUUCGAAUUCAAAUUCAAAGAAGAAGUUAUCGCGACAAUCCUCCUUGUCCAAACUGGACAGUUCGUCGCCACAGAAGUUAGCUAGAUCUCUGGACACGGAUGAUUCUGACGUAUCUGAUAUCGGGGAUUAUCUUUCCGAUCCGUUAGACAAUUCUUUGGAAAAUUCUGAUCAGGAGAAAGAUUUGGAUGAUGCGAAUACAUCCGAUACAGGAGCUCUAGAUGUAAUAAUUCAAUUUAAUACGAAUCAUAUGGCCGAGGAGGAAUAUACAAUAGAUUAUGUAAAUCCCAAACAACUUGAGGGCACAUUAAUUCACGUGCCAAUGAAAGAUAACCAUCUUUGUCUUGUUUAUAAAACAUUAAGUACAUGUCGUGUUCAUAAAUACGUGACUCAUUACUGUACAGAUUAUUUUUACAAUCUGAUUUGUACAUAUUAUGAAUAAUAAUUGCACAUAAGACUUGUGUCGUCUCGUAUGCUCUUUAAACGAGUUGACAAUUGUAUAAUGAAUGGCAGGCGAAAAGUGUCUACGUUCACAUGUAUCAUAGUAUUCGUAUUAAUAAAAUUGUCAGUAUUUAUCUUCGAGCAAUA